CGUGGAUUAGAAAGCAUAACCCGUAGAGCACCGACCAUACGGCCGGGCUGCUGCUGGAAGGAUCUGAAAGAGCUCUGCUCUGCUCCCCGCAAUAAGCAGACAUCGCCGCCAGCAGACGGCGGCGUCUGGCGCCGGAACUGUCUAGCGGCAGACAGCCACAGACACAGGAGGAGAAACAGAAGAAGUAUCUGCAGAAGGAGCAUCAGCAUCAACAGUAGAACACACACAGGAAAAAUGGCCAGCCAGCGGGAGGGAGCAAGAUGUGCUUCUCGUCGAGGAGCAGGGCUCUUGCAUUCCACAUUCAAUAUGCUGGCAUUCAGCUGGAUUAUAAUCUCCGAGUUAAUGCUCAGUGCUCAUUGCCUAAAGGAUCUGAAGAUAUUCGUGCCGGAGGCCGUCAUCAUGGGAAAUGCAGCGACAUUGUCUUGUCAAUAUGAUUUGGAGCAGGCAGCACUGUACGCUGUACGCUGGUACUUUGGCCAGGAGGAGUUCUAUCGCUAUGUACCCCGCGAGGCCAAGCCCACAUUUGUCUUCGCCGUUGCCGGCAUUAAUGUUGAUCUCACCAAUUCGGAUGCCACGUCCGUCACGUUGAAAGGUGUCACCCGAGAGCUGAGCGGCAGCUAUCAGUGCGAGGUCUCCGAGGAUGCGCCGCUCUUCCACACCGAGAUACGGUCGGCGCACAUGCAGGUGAUUGAGCUGCCCAAAGAUGACCCCGUGAUGCAGGUGGACAAGAAGGUGAUUGGCGCCAACGACCACUUCAAGGCAGUGUGCACUGUGGGUCCCUCCUAUCCGCCGGCGAACAUUACAUGGUACAUCAACGGACGCAAGAUUUACAAAACGCCCUUGCAGCGCAUCACACAGGAUGCGUUUGAAGGCUCGACCACAUACUCCUCGCUGGAGAUCUAUCCGCAUAGCCAGGUGCUGCAGGGCUUCUUCCAGGCGAUGCCCAAGUACCAGCCCAACAUAAUGCUGCUCUGCGAGGUCUCCAUUCUCCAUGUGUUCCACAAGAGCGUCCAGCAGCGUAUCGGGCUGAGCAAUGCGCCGCCAACCACCAUUUCGCCCAAUCUACUCGGCCUCGAGGGCUCCAAGCGGUAUGCCAACGGCGAUCCGGAUAACUCUGCGCUCACCGGCGCCUCUCAGUGCAUCUGCUGCAGCGCCGUGGGCUCUGUCACCCUCGCAUUGGCCACGCUGGCGGUGGCACAGCUGUGACCGGUAUAUGGAGCAACAUAAACAAUUAUUAUUGGAAAGCCAACGCAGAGGGAGGGAGGAGCAGAAG